AUGGAUAAACUCAAGGAAAAAAUCAACAACUUGAAAUUGGAUGCUGAAAAAUGGCAAGAAAAAUCUGAUGAAUUGAGUGAUAGAAUCAAAGAAUUGGAACAAGAAAACUUAGAAAAAGACAACCAAAUCCAAGCAUUAACUAGAAAGAACCAGGUUUUAGAAGAAGAAGUUGAAAAAUUGGAAACUUCAUUGAAUGAGAUCAAAGAAGCCGCUGACGAAUCUCACUCCUUGAAAACUUCCAACGAAAACUACACCAAGAAGAACCAAGUUUUGGAAGAAGAAUUGGAAGAAGCUGACAAAAACUUGAAAGAAACCACAGAAAAAUUGAGAGAAACUGACGUUAAGGCUGAACAAUUGGAAAGAAAAGUAGCUUCAUUAGAAAGCGAAAAAGAAGAAUGGGAAAAGAAAUUCGAAGAAUUGACUGAAACUUACAAUGCUGCUAAAGCUGAAUUGGACGAAAUUAGUCAACAAUUGGAAGCUAUUUAA